GUCUUCAUUUUGCCUCCCAUCUCUCUCGAACUGAGGCUUAUUUUGCAAGUAAUUUACGAUAGUUGCGACUCGAGAAUUUACGAUUUAUUACCAUGAAGAGCACUGGUGUUAUCGUUCACCAUUCAUCUUUUCGCCUCUUCAUCGUAGUGUAAAACUCACAAAUGCGAAGUGACGUUUGGUCCUUUCGUUCGUGAAUUUCCCGAGAAAUUCGACGAUACAUUUUACCGAUGUGGAGGUAAACCCACUUUCGCGCAAAAAUAAACUUUUCUUUAGAUUCAAACUGAAACCCCUUACAGAUUUUCUCACAGCUUCAACCCUCCAGGCAAUUGACUUCAAUGACAGCUCAUUUGUUACUCGUCACUAUGGCAACGGCGGAUGAUUGACAGCCUCGCUGGAAGAGGCCACGAGCAUCGACAGUUUAGUUGUUAAACUCGGAUAGUGUUGACUUCAGACCAAAUGGAGGGAUAUGCUGUUUGACAUGAAGUGAAUGAAGUGACAAGAAGGGAUUGGGAAUUUGUUACUCGGGCAAGUGAACAUCGCAGGUGAAGCAAGCUUACGCAAUUUGGACAGGAACGGCUUAAAUCAUUACGAUCGAGCCGACAAACUAUAUGUAUGGAGCACAGGUACGAUAAUGAGUCUUUGCACUACGGGAGCGUGGAUGGACAUAGAGCGGCUACAAUGUAUGAGAGCCACCAUACGAUGCAGCCCUUGUCUCACCUCCCCCACACGUCUCCUAACUCCAGUAUCAGUCACGGCUCCUCCAUCCACCAAUAUCCACCAUACUCUACGGCCGGGAGCGUCCCCGGUGUUAUGAAUACAACACAGGACUCGCAACUCAAGAGGGAUAAGGAUGCUAUAUACUCUCAUCCGCUGUUUCCCCUGUUAGCGUUGAUAUUUGAGAAAUGCGAGCUCGCUACGUGUACGCCCCGGGAGGCAGGGAUCGCGGGGGACGUGUGCUCCUCCGAAUCAUUUAACGAAGAUAUAGCAGUGUUUAGUAAACAGGCAAGAGCAGAGAAGCCUUUCUUUUCAGCUAACCACGAAUUGGAUAGUUUGAUGAUUCAAGCAAUACAAGUGCUUCGGUUUCAUCUUUUAGAAUUGGAGAAGGUUCAUGAACUAUGUGAUAAUUUCUGUCACCGUUACAUCAGUUGUUUAAAGGGGAAAAUGCCAAUAGACUUGGUAAUUGAUGAACGGGACACAGCUAGUACCACAUCUAAACCCAGUAGUACAAGCACACCCGAACCUCACAUGACUGAGCACACGCCUGAAGUGAGGCCGCCGUCUCAAGGACUUACGUUUCCCCAAGCAGACGAUGCUCAGUCCACAAACUCUGCAGACACGCCGGGACCCCCAGGCUCCAAUCUCAACUCACAAAACCUGGACAACAGUAGCGAAGCAGGUGACUGCCUAGACAACAGUGUGGGCUCUGGUGAAGGAACAGCAGAUGAAGAUGGAGACGAUCGGCAGACAAAAAGACAGAAGAAAAGAGGCAUUUUCCCAAAAGUAGCUACCAACAUCAUGAGAGCAUGGCUAUUUCAGCAUUUAACACAUCCAUAUCCCUCAGAAGAACAGAAGAAACAAUUAGCUCAAGAUACUGGGUUGACAAUACUACAAGUAAAUAACUGGUUUAUCAACGCCAGGCGAAGGAUAGUGCAACCUAUGAUUGACCAAUCAAAUCGUGCAGGCCCCAGUGGUUAUAGUCCAGAUGGUGCUGGCAUGGGAUAUCCCAUGGAGAAUCAGCAAAUGCACAUGAGACCACCAGGUCUCCAAGCUAUGCCAGGGGAUAUGUAUGGUAUGCCCCCUGCCAGCAGUUCCUAUAGCAACAUGUCCCAAUUGCGUCCUCCUGUCCACUCGCAAGCCAUGCUCAUUCCAGGCCACCCGCAUCACAUGAUGAUGGGGCAUGGCGGCCAUCUUGGACCCCCAUCGAUGUUGGACCCCCAAAAUCCACAACUUCAUGGAGGUUUAGAGAGUAUGGCACAUAUACAAGAUAUCCAUGCAGGAUAAGUUGUGAACCCCAUAUCAGCAAUAAAAGAAAGUUUAAGUUAAAAUGAAGAUUGUGAGGAAUCACUUGGACUGUUGAAGGAGACUGUUUUCAAGUUUUUUUUUUGCAAACAGGGCUCAUUUUAAUUUCAUCCAAAGGGAUUUAUCCAGGAAGCAUGGGGGUCAUGCUGCAUUGUUCUGUUAGUCCAUUAGCAGGAGUGAGGGUGGACAAGAAGAGAGAGAUAUAGUGCUCAAAUCAUUUUCCCUAGUCAACAGUGAACCAUAUACAGACAAUGAACAAAGUUUUGUAAUUAUUAUUAUUUUGAUGAAGAAGGAGAAGAAAAGAAGACGAGGAAGAGGGAGAUGAACUUUACAGAAAAAAAUAUAUAUACAAAAUACCUAAUAGGGAGGAGACAUUUAUUUUUCUGAUGCUGAAUAUUUGUAGAUCACUUAAAAAUAUAAGAUAAAAAGAAAAAACAAGCAUUAUUGACUCCAGCAGAACCAUGUCAUUUUAUAUAGGUGCAAGAUUUUUUUUACUUGUGUAUACUAGUGUUGUGAUAAGGUGCUGGAACUUACUUCCAAUCACAAGGUCUUAAUUGCUCUUUGCUUGCAGCAAUACUUUUAGAUCCAUUUAUACGUAUAAACAAUAACUCUUUCUCAUGAAGUAAAAAAAGAGGGGGGCCGACCUGACAUGUUUAUAGUGGCAUCAUCUUAUGCAAUAUGUUCACUGAAACUUUCCUAUUUGAAGCUUUCCUGCCAACCUUUGAAGGAACUUGGGUGUCGCCACAUUUUUACACAAUUUCAGACAUGCUGCUGAUGCCUUUAGAUACCUUUUUGCUGCUUUAAACUAUAACAGAACGCAUGUCAAAGUUUCCAUAGAAACGAUGAGCUGUAGGGGAGGCACCUGGCACCAGCUUGGUCAUUCCUGUUAAAGUUUGUAACACUUCCACAAAUGAAACAGUUGGCAAAACUAUGUUGCUUACAGCAGAAAAUCACACAUAGGCCUAUGUGUAUAUACAUAAAUACAAUUAAUUCACAGAGGUUAAGCGGUAGUUAACAAUUUAUGCUCUGAGCUGUAGCUCACCAGACAUUGCCUGAAGUUGCAGCCUGCUGCCACAAAAUCGUCAAGCACAGCAUUGAACUUCAGCGGUAACAGAUGAUGCCAGGGCCAGGACUUAUACAAUGACAAUAUAAACUAACACAAUAAUGAUUAGAAAAGUAAUAGGAUUACAGUGAUGAUAUAUGUUUUUUUGUGCCUAGCAUUAAAUGCAUAUUUAUUGUGUGGAACCUCCGGGCAUUUUUUGGCUCCAUUCCUGUAAAGCAAUUCUAUGGCACAAGUAGUCAUUCAGUGAGACUCUGUCAGUCUCCCAAUGUCUCUAGUUUUUACAUGUAAAUAGAGAGGUACAAGUGUACAUAAGUGACAAUCUCAUUCAGUAUGAACGCAAGCACUGGAGAGGAGGAGGAAAACUUCGGUGACAGAUCAGAACAGAGUAUUACUCUUUUUCUCAGUGAGAAAGGAAAAUGAGAUCUCUCUGGCAGCCAUCAUAGGCCUGUGAUGUUGUCUGUUUCAACCCACAGGGCCUUAAACCAUGGUUGAGCCAUUUUUUGUGGAAAAAUAUAUAGAAUGGCAUGCAAUAAAAAUUAAAAGAUGGUUUUAUUCACAUUCAAGACAAUAAUAUGAGCGUACAAAAAUCCAAUUACAGUUUGGAGUGAUAUUUCGGGAGGGGUCUUUCAAGAUAGAGGGAAAAAAAUGCUUGUUUUUAAAAGAUGUAUUGCAUUGGUUUUGGAUUUAUUUGUCUUUAAUGUCCAUUUAUGCUGUCAUUGAUUUAUUAUUUCCAUAUAAGGCUGUCACUGAAUUAUUAUUUUUAAGUUUCUAACUAAUUUUCUUCAUGGCAAGACUGUCCAAAACCCCUGUUGUCUGCGGGGAAAUAAGAGCACCCUGGGUUUCAGAAACAUGUUUCAGACUUACAUCUUCAGCGGGGCAUGUCUGUCUCACCCUUUAGAAAUCUGAAACUCGGGGGCAGAGGGUUUGACUUUUGGUUGCUUUUUUCAGGUCACAUGGGUGGUCACAUGAGUGGUCACAUGAGUGGUCAUUUGAGUGGUCAUUUGAGUGGUCACAUACUAGUGGUCACAUACUAGUGCACUUUUCCAUUAUUUUUUCUCUCACGUCUUGUUGUCCCAUUCUUCAUGUUAAAUCAGCAUUUUCAAAGGUGAUGUCAGUUAAGAUUUAAUGGCAAUUUACCUGCAUUGUAAUAAACAUAAAUUUUGUUUAAUUCUAA